AUGCCCGACCCCUUGUCGGGCCUUGAGCCUCGCCCGCUCGUCUCGACCCAACGAGUCCCACUCGGGCCUCCAUGCGCACCACGUGCCCGGCCCGUACGCUCCGGAGGAGGCGCGCCGCCCGUCAUGAUCUCGACUUUGUGGGGCAACGGCUUUCGAGAAGCGGGCGAGUUCACGAUUGCGUUCAAAACGGUUGGCGCGCCGCUCAUGUGGGUGACUCCGUGGAGGGCGAUUUGGUCAAAUAUCACGUCGGGCGAGGGUCUGCGGAUGCAGACGCUGGUCCCGCCGAGGGCCGCGAGGCCCCAGACGAGACACCAACCGUUGCAGUGGAACAUUGGGACGACGGGGAACGAGGUCAUCCCGUGGACGAAUGACGUGGCGAGCGCGUUUAAAUACGCGCCUCGGUGGUUGUACACGACGCCUUUCGUUUAUGCUUAUCGGGUCGAAUUCGGAUUCGGGUCGGAGGGGGACGAAGGACUCGUCGACUCCGGAGGAAAUGAGGGACUCGUAAUCAUGGGUGUCGGGGGAAGGGGCGUUAUCAGAAAUUUGGACGAGGAUGGGCGGUGGUUUGAGGGUUUUUUCGAGGGAAGAUCGGGCGGUGGUGAGGAGGUGGUGGUCGGAGAAGAGGAUCUUGGCCUCCGAGUGGCGGAGGAGGGCGGAGAUCAUGGCCGGGUCGUGGCGGAUGAUGGCUCCGGCCAUGGGAACGGCGAAGUGGAGCUCCACCAUGGCGGGAACGUUGGGGGCAAGGGUUGCUACCUAGCAGAAGCGAGCUUGAGGCACCUCGCGUGGGUCUCGGCCCAAGUGAACUGCAGAGAACCGUACACAACCGAUGUUCUGUCUCUGAAAACUCUUGCAGCUCUUUCUAGAAAGCUUAUGGGCGUCAGCGGCGCGUGGUUUGCGGGGCACUUGACGAGGCCCGGCAAUGAUUUCCACGACACAGCUUCGCGAUCUUCAGAUGAUGAUCCACAAAGAUGCCGGGAAGAGAGGUUUUUCCAUGGGUGGGACUCGUUCACGAAAUUUAUCGAACACCUGGAAUGCGAUGAGCUCCACCGUCGGAGAAAGUGA